AUGUCUAAUUCCAGGUCACAACUCUUUGACAGCAAUCAUCUAGGCACACCUGUCAAAGCAGCAAUAAAUCAGACAAUUUUAAACCUGAGCAUCAAAAAACAUGGCCGAGGGAACGAAGACCAAACUCAUAAAAUUGCGUUGUCAUAUGAACCCGACUUUGGAGAACCUGUGGGUGCCUGUCACACAAUUUAUUGGUCUGAUUGUAUUGCUCAAAUGGCAAUUGAUAUACAAGAUCGACAGAAAACAGCAACACCUUGUGAGUUUGACUUCUUCAAGCCGAAACUUGUAGAGUACACGUUCACAGUGUGCGUCCGGUUACGACUGCCUAACGAAGUUCGAUUCACAGCUGUGCUGAUACUCAAUUCAUUCCUUAUUCGACACUUGUGCUCUCUUCACGAAUUUAUGGAAAAACAAGAUAUGGCCAAUCAUCACAAGAAUAAAGAAUGGGAGAAUAUAGAAUCGAACAUGGAAAGACAAAUCCCCUUGCGAAUUUUGACUGCAAUACAAAUUAGUAGUAAAAUGCAUAGUUAUCAUGAUAGUUUAUCUUCUCGACAAGUUGUGAAUACAUUACGGAAAGUUGGUCUGCCCUACACAAUAACUGCCGUUUCCGAUUCUGAACAACGAGUUUUCAAACUAAUAGGGUUCAACAUACCAGAUAGUCCCCUCGAAGCAUGUGAAAUGGCACUAAAGCUUCUAACGUAUACAAUGAAAAAGCGAGAAAUGGCUGAAGCAGAAAGACAUGAGGACUUGUGGCAACAUGUCUUGAUAGUUCUAGAUGUCUGUUUCAUAAAUCACAUCGAGCUUUAUGAACGAUUUUUCCGAAAGUGUCCUUUUCUAUUGAAUAAAGAUUGCGGAAAACGAUCAAUUAUAUCCAAGUUUAAAUGCGAUAUACUUCUUCUUGCCGCCGCUACUGUCCAAACAGCGUUUAUACUUUGCAUUGGGAAAGAAAGAAUCGAAGAAGUCACUGUUAUUGUCAAUACAGUUCUGAGAUGUAAUCCCCGAUUCGUAGAACCCCUAAAACAAUCCAUAAUAGAACUCGCGCUUUCAAAAAAGAACGUUGAAUUUUCGGAACCAGGCUAG